UGAGUGUGAGAAACAGCGGGAGGCAAGCGGAGGGUGUUGCUCGACUGCAUCACAGCCACGGACAGCUGACUGGUUGGGAUCUAAUUGCUCUCAAGUGAGGUCAGUGGGAGGCAUUUAUCUCAGCAACAGUGGAGGUUCCACAUGUACAGUCUCUCUGCCAGUAGCGGGCAGGCGUCCAUUGGAAUAGACACAAGCUCUCAACUCACUGCACUGCUGGACUUAUUUUAGGUGUUUCCAUCCAAAUUCGUGCUGAGAGGGAAUUCAACUCUGGCAAGUCCUUGCGUCACAUAUUUACGGUCUCGGGGGAUGGAGAAGACAACAUGUCGCGUCACUGAAGACGACAAAUUGCGAUAAGACAUCACAUCCCAUUUCCUUCAGAGUAUUCUCCGGCUUCUUUCAACUCCAACCAACUUUGGGAACUCUUUCCUCCACAACGAGCCUGACUCAGAGCCCCGCAGGGACUCCCUCUUGCAAGAACACGGACCCUGAGUUCGCAGCUGGUGUGACAAGAGUUCACUAUGUUGUUCAUCGAUCCCCACUGCAUUGUAUUAUAAUGCGCAAAUGGAUGCUGACAUGGAACCUUCCAAAUCUUUUCUCGGGACUCUACCUGCAUGCCAUCUUCCUAUUGGGCAGUGUGCGUGUGGUCUACGGUGACUGCACUCCGGCGCAACUCACUGCCAUCAUGAACUGCUCGAGACACGAGCGUCACAGCAGGAAUUAUGACUACAUGGAGGGAGGAGAUGUGCGGAUCCGACAGUUGUUCAGUCGCACCCAGUGGUUCCUGACAAUUGAUGAUGAAGGCAACAUCAGUGGGACUCAGGACCUAACCAACUGUUACAGCAUCCUAGAGAUCAGGACAGUGUCUGAAGGGGGCAUACUGGCUAUCAAAGGCAUAAAGAGUCAGCAUUACAUCUCCAUGAACAAAGCUGGACAGCUGCAGGGAAAGAGGACCUACACCGAAAACUGCAACUUCAAGGAGGUUUUCCUAGAAAACUACUUCAAUGCUUACUCCUCGGCAAAGUGGACUACAAAUGGCAGAGAAAUGUUCAUCGCGCUGUCUCAGAAGGGGCGGCCCAUGCGAGGGAAGAAGACGAGGAGGGAGCACGUUGCGUCGCACUUCAUCCCCAUGAAAUGCAGGGAGGAGGAGAGGAGGGCGGACUGAGACAGACCACUAACUAUGUGUAUGAAUUCACUUAGCAAAUAUGUUAACGGACAUAUAAACUCAUCACCAGCUACACACCACUUUCUGCAAGACUGUCAUCAGCAUUUGACAGUUUAUAAUUUGCAGUCUCAGCAUUCCCUUGGCCGUACCGCGCCGAUGCCAAUCAUGUUGCAAACGUUUUUCUCUCCCCAACAGCAGUUUGGUGCCAAUUUGAGAAGCUUUAAGGCCGUCACCCUGCUCCAACAUUUACAAUUUACAAUACACCAACAGAUCCGGUUUCAAGAAACCCGACAUGAAUUAUGUAAAUUAAUACAUGUCAUUUGAGCAGGUGAAUGAUAAGCUUAGAAAAUCUGCACACCCUAAACUGUCAAAUGCUGAUGGCCUCAUGUCUGGCUGAAUGAUACCUGAAACAAAAUGGGAAAAAGGAAGGAAGUAUAGAGUGACUUUUUGGUCAUCCUGUAUACGCUACUAUAAUACACAGCAAGGACAAGGGUCUUAAGAAACACCUCCGAAUUAAAUAAUCAGCGGUUGGACUAUGCCCUGAGUUCCCCUGAAUCUCCAUUACUUCAGUUUACUGAUACAGUAUGGACAAUUCUGUGUGCAACUACUUGCAGAAAGCACUUUCUGGUCCACUAAGGCAUGGUUGGAUAAGUUUUGUGUAGGAGAACAUUUCUUCAAAGCCACCAAACCCCUUUGGAAUGACCCAACAUGAUGUGGACAGCCUUCUCAGAAUGGGGAUCAAAUCUAUAUUUGCUCCUUUUUUCACUUCCUGUUAAUUCAUCCGUCCCUCCACGUUCUAAUCCGCUUAUCCUCACAAGAACCUAUCCAAACUGUCUUUAGGUGGUAGGCGGGGUACACCCUGAACCGGUUGCCAGCCAAUCGCAAGGCACACAGAAACGAACAACUAUCCAUGCUUACAGUCCAACCUACGGACAAUGUACAGUGUUCCAUUAACCUGCCAUGCAUGUUUUUGGAAUGUGUGAGGAAACCAGAGUACCCGGAGAAAACCCACACAGGCACGGGGAGAACAUGCAAACUCCACACAGGAAGGCCGGAGCUGGAAUCGAACCCUGCUCUUCUGUACUAUGAGGCGGCGUGCUAACCAAUGCCCCUUCCUGUUAAUGUGAUGGGCAAACAGUGAAAACACAAACCAAUACAUUAUAACAUUUUGUCUACGGAUGACGCUACUUGAAGACAAGCAAGUACGGUAGUUUGACUUGCGACACCAGCUUUUAAACCACUAUUCACUGUUAUUAUUUUAUUAUUAAAUAUUAU